AUCGAUCGAAGGAUUAUAUAGAGUCGCGUAGGCAAAAUAGCGCAUGAUGGAUGGAUAAAACAAUGUUUUAUCUAGUGGCACUGGUGCUGCGCAGUCGCGUCACCUCUUCCACCAAGGCCUGGGAGGCACAGUCGCCCACAAUGUGGACAAGUGCGGCUGCAGCAGUAGCCUCACCUGGAGCUCCUGCACGGUGGCAUCAAUAUGCCGGCUCCCGCCUGCUUCGUUGCUUUGGAAGGCUCUGUCGGACAUCUCGAGCAUCUGGAGGACCAACUUGCGCUGCAAAGCAAGAACGAACGAAAGGAUGGCUCUGGGCAUUGCUGUCUAUCUUGCCCUUUCGCUUUGCAGGAAUGCGAUCUCACGAUCCUUGGCUUCGAGCUCCUUCCUCGCGAAAGCCGAGUAGCACUGAAGUGACAGAGAGACACAGUGGUCAGUGCUGAGGAAGAUCCUUGUUUUGACCUUGCCCCCCAAUAAGGUGAAGAGCCUUUCCAGGACGGCCUGGUAGAUGGCGAAACUGCUUGCAACCUUUUUGCUGCCAUAGUCAAGCUGCAGAACGGACAUGACGGCUUGGCAUCCUGCAUUUAGAGCGGACUUGCUUACCAGGGCAGGAACCGUCGGGAGGUGAGCUAUUGUAUUUCCGACCAACUUGAGCCAACGCAAACCAACCUGUGCCGAUGGACAAGAGACGAACAUGUGAGACGACACAUUCCUCUUGAGGUCUCUCACUUCAGCGGCUAGAAGGCCAGGCAUGUUGCACAGGACGCACAUGGAAAGGAAAAUCGAUUGUGAGUUCUCGCUUUUCGCAAUCUCUCCCAUCUUCGUCGACAGGAGGCCAGGACUUGGCAUAAUGCUGCUGAUAACAGUCUCGCCGCACUCCCACAGGGUGAAGGUGAAGGCGUGGAGGUUCGUCUGGAUCAGUUUGACGCAGCUUUGGUAUGUGAGAGGGAGCGACAACUCAUACAGAUUCGGACCGCUCGGACUGCGAACACGGGGGCACGGAGACAGAAAGACAGGGAGGAAAAUGCUGUGAACUCAACAACUCUCACCUCUUGCUCAUUUGGGUUGCUGCUUUCGUUUCAAUUGCCUCUUCGCUGGUUGCUUUCGUCGCCACUGAGCAGCUGGAGACGCGCUUUGUGCAUGGGGCAUCUGACUCAUACAUAGGCACUCAUCCCAGGCUGCACGUGGGUCCGUACAUGCGACUGCUUACCGAUGGACAUUGAACUGUAGCUGGUUCCCUGACGAUUCACGGUCCUUGCUUGAGUCGCUUGCGAGACACUCAUCGAAUCUUCAUCUUCAAUCAUCAGCAUUGGGGUUUCGUCCUUGAGUGCAAGAGGCUCUUCAGGCGGCUCAGCAAUCCUGCGACAGAUUUCCUCUGCCAUUGACAGCAGGGGGCCUACCCACAGCCUUGAUGCGGGCAGGUGUCUGCUUGUGCUCUUGAGGAAGGAGAUGGUUCGGUGAGGGUUGAGGGGGAGGACGCGAGGCAACGUGGCAUAAACCUUCAGCUCAAGAGGCUCCAGUCGAAUUGUCAGCAUGGUUCCUUUCCGAAUCUGCUCCAAGCCUUGCAAGGCUGGGCAGCUCUCAC